GUCGCAUCAGUCCAUUUGCGCGGUGCAGUUCUCAGUCGUUUCUUUGUCUCAUUGUCAGUUUCUUUGAUUUAUUUUUCCAUUAUUGUCAAUAAUUAAUUUUAUUAAACAAUCAAGUGAAUCAAUAAUUAAAAAUCUCAAUAAAUAUAAUGCAUAAUAAUUUGAAAAAAAGUAAUCUGUGGAAAAACGAAAACAGUGAUAACGCAAAACGGUCUUCAAAAAAUUAUCGUCAUGUCUAUCAUAUAAAUAAUAUGUCAAAUCGUCGGUGGGAUCGUUCGAAAAAUAAUUCUUACGACAAUCAAGAUCCGGUUAAAAAUGAAAUAAAAAAAGAAACUAUUGAAGAGUCAAUAGAAACUAACAAAAAAGUAUUAGAACUUCAAACAACUUCUGGGUUGGACAUUACACAAAUUAAUGGACAGCGAAAAUUAGGACCGCCAAGAGACUGGGUCGGGGAACCACCGAGUCCUGAGUGCGAAGUCUUUGUAGGAAAUCUUCCAAGGAACGUUUACGAGGAUGUUUUGUUUCCUAUUUUUCAAAAGGUCGGUGAUAUUUAUGAAAUACGACUGAUGAUGGAUUUCUCGGGUACCAAUCGAGGGUAUUGUUUUGUUAUGUACACAAAACCUGAAUAUGCUACCAAAGCAAUUGAGGAACUAAACGAAUGGCCGAUCCAGCACAAAAAAAAAAUAGGCGUCGUUGCAAGUGUUAAUAAUUGUCGUCUUUGUAUUGGACAUUUGCCUGCUGACUUAGAUACGGAAAAUUUUACUAAGAAAAUUUACGACACUACUGAAUACGUCAGUAAAGUUUCUGUCUAUCGUUCUGUUAACAAGCAACAAAAAACAGCGCUAAUUUCUUUCAAAACUCAUAUCGCUGCAGCGAUGGCAAGGCGCAAACUCGUUCCUAAACGAACAGAUUUAUUUCCAGGUAUUGAACUAACAAUUGAUUGGGCUCAUCCCAAUGCGUCAAUGUACAAUGUUAUGGAAGAAUCCGGUACCAUGAAUGAGGAUGGUGAGAUUCAAAUAACAAAGACAUAUAUAGGCCCAAGAAAAAGUUAUAAUAAAUUGAAUAAAAAUUCAAAAUUUACCAACGAAAAUUCCUGUGACAAAAUAAACGAAUGGAAUCCCGAUAAAGUCGAUACCUCUAUUAAUUUAAUUGGACAUAAAGCAAAACAAAUUGUGAAAUCAAAUGAUUAUAAUCAACGCGUGGCUAGUGAUUAUAAAAAAAAAAUAAUGCCGCUUAAUCCCAUUUCUAAAAGGCCUUUUUCGAUGCACAAUGAAAAUAAUAAUAGCAGUAUUGGGAUAAUUGGAGACGUUAAUAAUAAGUUUGAUAGAUUUGUUAAUCCACCAAAUAGUAUAAGUACAGUAGCUUGUAAUUCACAGUCACAAUUUAUUAGGCCGCCAUAUGUAAUCUGUAGUGAUAACAAAGAAAAUAUUCCCAGCUCUUAUCUUAUUCCAUAUUUUCAAAGUUUAAAUUUAAAAACAGAAAUGACAAAUACUAUUGGCAAUGGAGUGCCACAAAGUUAUACAUUAAAUGGAAUAAAUUACAAUCAGAAUCAAAGUCAAACUCAAAAUUUUCAAAUGUGUAAUCAAAAAAAUUUAAUCAUGACAUCAAAUGUUCUGCCAAUUAAACAAAAUUAUUCCGAUGUUAAUUUUAAUGUUUAUCAGGAAAAUUUUGGUAUUGAACGUAACCAAACAACACUUGGUUUUAAUUUUAUCAAAACAAAUUCAAAUUUUUAUAAUCAACAAUUCUGUCCUAUGAGAUUAGAUAAUUUAACCUGCCCAGAAAUUAGACUUCCAUCUCCAUUGGGUAUUCAAUGUAGUCAACGUUUCCCAAUGCCCUUGAAUAUUAAAAAUGAUAAUUUGAAUAAAUUUGGUAAUCAUAGUCAAGAAUCAUUGGUUAAGAAUUCAACGGUUUGUUACCGACCUCAGUUUGACACAAAAGCAUUUGGGUUAGGUAAACUCAAUUCUAUUCCAGUAAAUUAUUCAGAAAAUCAAGGUCCCCGCCCUAUUUUUAAAUCACAUUAUUAAAUAUUUUUAUUGUAUUUAAAUCAUUUUUUUUAUUACUGAUUAUUUUUUUUUAUUGUCAUCAAAAAAUUUUUUAAAUAUUUAAUCAUUCAUAAUUUAAAGUUCACUACUUUUUAAAAAUUUAAAUAUUCGAAGCUCCUGUAGGAAAAAAUG